CAGGCUCCACAAUCCUCAGCAGUGAGCAGAUUCCUUAGGUGUCCCUCUCCUGUUUACAGACAAACAACAUAUCGUCCAAAGUCAUGUGGCCGCGUAUUGACAAGUGCAGAAAGUCUUAGCAAAAUUGCGGAAAAAGAGCGAGCAAAGCAGGAAAAGGAGAAGAAGAAGGUGGAACGAAUGAAAGCCAAGGAAGAAAGAAGAAGCAUGCUAGCCUCCAAAGUUGCUAAGAAGAAAAGAUCAACCGCUCCACUUACAACACACCAAAGUGUAGACAUUGGUGUAGACACGUCCAGUGUUGGUGGGAUAGCUCAAGGCAAGAGCAAACUUCAGCUAGCCGACUCAGAACAAGUUCCAGGUACGAAGGAGAGAGAGAAUAGGCCGCAGAGAAAAGUGCAAACACGUAGCACACGUGCAAGGGUGGCACCACUGACUGACUGCAGUAAGUUUUGUUAUUGUUUGUUUAAUUUUUAUAUUAGGUAAAUGUGUUGCUGGAACAUGUGAACAUACAAGAGCCAGGAAUUGGGUUUAGUGUGAAAGAUGCACCCAGUGGUAUCACUGCGUGUGUGUAAAGAUAUAUUUAACAAAAGCAAGAGAUGGAACCUUUAACUGUUGCUAAGCUUUUUU